ACUACCACUCACCACUUUUAUUGUUCUUUCUCUCUCUUCAUUUUUUUUUUCUUCUCUGCAACUCAAACUCUUUGGCUUAAAGAAGACGAAACAAUCUCUCUCUUACUUACAGAGUGAGAUAACGAAAAAUAUACAUACGCAUAUAUAUAUUUCAUUUUGGGUACUGAGUCGCUGACUCGUCGACUCGCCAACUCGCUGGGUUGCUUCGAACCUUCAUGGCCUCGUCGUCCCGAGCAAGAAGCAGCUCACCAUUCUCGCACCGCAAGCAGUCAAGUCCUUACUCUUCGACUUCUUCGUCUUCUUCGUUCGUCAACGGUCGUAUUAUACCUCGCUCUUGUUCUACCUCGGCUUCUUCUUACUUCAACUCCGGUAGUGGUGGACUCGGUUCCCGAUCCAUGACGUCCAGUCAUGGCCGCUCCGAUUCUGUGUACGGUGGUCCGCGAGGUUAUGGUAGUCGCACUCCCGUGGGAUUCCCCUCUGAAGAGCUGCUUACUGAGCCUCUCGAUGCGCCGAGGGCUGGAGGGGAUAGUAUAUCGGUGACGAUUCGGUUUCGGCCUUUGAGUGAGAGAGAGUUUCAGAAAGGGGACGAAAUUGCUUGGUAUGCAGACGGAGAUAAGAUUGUGAGAAAUGAAUUUAAUCCUGCUACAGCUUAUGCAUUUGAUAAAGUCUUUGGACCACAUACGAAUUCGCAAGAUGUAUAUGAGGUAGCGGCUAAACCUGUAGUGAAGGCUGCCAUGGAGGGUGUAAAUGGAACAGUUUUUGCUUAUGGUGUGACAAGUAGUGGGAAGACGCACACCAUGCAUGGAGAUCAAAAUGCUCCAGGCGUUAUACCAUUGGCCAUAAAGGAUGUGUUCAGUAUUAUUCAAGAUACUCCAGGAAGAGAGUUUUUACUUCGGGUGUCAUAUCUUGAAAUUUAUAAUGAGGUGAUCAAUGACUUGCUUGACCCAACAGGACAAAAUUUACGUGUUAGAGAAGAUGCACAGGGUACCUAUGUUGAAGGUAUCAAGGAAGAGGUGGUUCUGUCGCCUGGGCAUGCACUUUCUUUUAUUGCUGCCGGAGAAGAGCACCGUCAUGUUGGAUCAAACAAUUUCAAUUUGUUGAGUAGCCGAAGUCACACCAUUUUCACACUGAUGAUUGAGAGUAGUGAUCAUGGUGACGAGUAUGAUGGAGUCAUUUUUUCUCAACUUAAUUUAAUCGAUUUAGCUGGAUCUGAAAGCUCAAAAACUGAAACCACUGGACUACGAAGAAAAGAGGGAUCCUACAUUAACAAAAGUCUUUUAACUCUUGGAACAGUCAUAGGAAAAUUGAGUGAAGGGAAGGCAUCUCAUGUUCCAUACCGAGAUUCUAAGCUUACCCGUCUACUACAAUCUUCAUUAGGUGGCCAUGGUCAUGUAUCGCUUAUAUGUACUGUUACUCCGGCUUCAAGUAACAUGGAGGAAACUCAUAACACAUUGAAAUUUGCAAGCAGAGCAAAGCGAGUAGAAAUCUAUGCAUCUCGUAAUAAGAUUAUUGAUGAGAAAUCAUUAAUUAAAAAGUAUCAAAGAGAAAUUUCAACUCUUAAAGAAGAGCUUGAUCAGCUUAGGAGUGGUGUGAUUGUUGGUGUCAGUCACGAGGAAAUUUUGAGCUUACGACAACAGCUGGAAGAAGGUCAAGUCAAAAUGCAAUCAAGGCUAGAGGAAGAAGAAGAAGCCAAGGCUGCUCUCAUGAGUAGAAUCCAAAGGCUAACCAAGCUUAUCCUAGUUUCCUCUAAAAAUACAAUUCCCGGUUGUCUGCCUGAGAUUAUCAGUCAUCAACGUAGUCUCUCUGUUGGUGAGGAUGAUAAAUUGGAUGUAAUGCGCGAGGGUUCUUUGCUUGGAGAGGGUGAGAGCCAGAGAGACUCCCAAAUUUUGGCCUCAGAUUCAUCUUAUGAGUUCAGGCAUAAAAGAUCUUCCAGCAGGUGGAAUGAAGAACUCUCACCGGCUAGUAGUAUCAUUACUGAAUCAACUCAAGCCGGAGAACUUAUCAGUGGUUCAAAAUUCUCUUCGGGAGGGAUCACAAUGUCAGAUCAGAUUGACCUUCUUGUUGAACAAGUUAAGAUGCUUGCUGGAGAAAUUGCAUUUGGCACCAGCACCUUAAAGCGCUUAGUGGAGCAAUCUGUGAAUCACCCUGAGAGCUCGAAAGCCCAGAUUCAGGACUUGGAACGUGAAAUCCAAGAAAAAAGAAGGCAAAUGAGGGUUUUAGAGCAACGCAUUGUUGAAAGUGGUGAGGCUUCUGUUGCUAAUGCAUCAAUGGUUGACAUGCAACAGACAGUAAAGAGAUUAAUGACCCAGUGUAAUGAGAAGGGGUUUGAAUUGGAGAUAAAAACAGCAGACAACCGUAUUCUCCAGGAGCAGCUGCAGAAUAAAUGUUCUGAGGUCAAAGACUUACAAGAAAAAGUAAACAUGCUAGAGCAGCGUUUGGCUUCAUUUACCGGUGAUAAAUCAUCAGCUUCUUCCGAAAAGUAUUACUCUGAAGAGUAUGCUGAUGAAUUGAAGAAGAAAGUGCAGUCUCAGGAGAUUGAGAAUGAAAAGCUAAAGCUGGAACAUGUUCAGCUCUCAGAGGAGAACAGUGGAUUGCGUGUUCAGAAUCAAAAGCUGGCUGAAGAAGCUUCCUAUGCUAAAGAGCUGGCCUCUGCUGCUGCAGUCGAGUUGAAGAAUUUGGCUGGUGAAGUGACGAAGCAAUCAUUGCAGAAUGCAAAGUUAGAAAAAGAAUUGCUGGCAGCUCGGGAGCUAGCAAAUUCUAGAAGUGCUGUUUUGCAUAAUGUUAACGGUGUUAAUCGCAAAUACAGUGAUGGAAAUAGACCGGGAAGGAAAGUGAGAGCCUCUAGUCGUGCCAAUGAUUUUUCUAGCAUGGGGGGUGAUGAGUCAUGGAAUCUUGAUGCAGAGGAUUUGAAGUUGGAACUCCAAGCAAGAAAACAACGUGAGGCUGCUCUUGAGGCUGCCCUUGCUGAAAAGGAAUUCAUCGAGGAAGAGUAUAGGAAAACAGUUGAAGAGGCAAAGAGAAGGGAGGAAGCCUUGGAAAAUGAUUUAGCAAACAUGUGGGUGCUUGUGGCAAAGUUGAAAAAAGAGGGUGGAGCUGUCCACGAGAUCAAUGGCGAUGAGAGGCAGAGUGAUCCUUUAGAAACUAUUAAUGGCGGGAAAACAAAUGACUUCGAUGUAGCUACUGCCCCUAAAGAGAGACAAAUUGUGGAAGUUGCUACUAAGCCAGCUGAUGAAGUUCCCAAGGAAGAACCCCUUGUCGCUCGCCUCAAGGCUCGAAUGCAAGAGAUGAAGGAAAAGGAGAUGAAACAAAUGGGGAAUGGAGAUGCCAAUUCUCACAUGUGUAAAGUAUGUUUCGAAUCCCCGACCGCUGCAAUUCUCUUGCCGUGCCGCCAUUUUUGUUUGUGUAAAUCUUGUUCAUUAGCUUGUUCAGAGUGUCCUAUCUGUCGAACUAAGAUUUCAGAUAGGCUUUUCGCAUUUCCAUCUUGACUGACGCUGCAGUUACCCCCUUCCAACUAAGGGAAGAAUGUUAUCGUCACUCACCUGUUUUAAAAUUUUCCGUGCAAUUGCGGUGCAAGUUAAAUUCUUUUAUUAGUUUGCAUGUAUGUAAACUGUCUAAAAGGUAUAUCGAUAUUUUGUUUUUCUUUUCCCUAGGGGAGGCUGUAAAAUAAGAAAUUUUUAAAGAAAGAAAAAAGAAAAGAAAAGAGAAGAGGAGUUAUCAGAUCUAAAAACUAUGCAGAAUGUUGCUUUGUUUUUCAAGAUGCAGCAGAAUGUGUGAUUGGUCUUUGUAUAGAAACAAAUGUGCUUUUAUUAUUAAAGAAACAAAUAUAUAUAUAUAUAU